AUGGAUCUAGUUAACCACUUAGAAGGCCGGCUGUUGUUCGCUGUCCCCAAGAAGGGCCGUUUGAACCAAGCCACGCUCAACCUCUUGGAGGGCGCGGACAUACAAUUCAAACGGGAGAAUCGCCUGGACAUAGCAUUGGUCAAAAACCUCCCCAUCGCUCUCGUCUUUCUCCCGGCCGCCGACAUACCCACUUUCGUAGGAGAGGGCCGGGUCGACCUGGGCAUCACCGGGUGGGAUCAGGUACUAGAGCACGAUGCAGGUGUCCGAGCUCUCCACCGCGCUCGGCGCUUCUCGGGCGAGAUCACUCCGGAAGAAGAGAGCGAGCGGAACUCCCAAGGUUCGGGAUGUGAAAGCGUCAUGGACCUUGAAUUCGGCAGUUGCAGGCUGCAGGUUCAGGUUCCAGAGAAGGGCGCCUUUGAUUCGCCCAAGGACCUGAUCGGGAAGAACAUUGGGACCAGCUUCGUCCACUUGGCAGAGAAGUACUUCGCCGACCUAGAACUGGAAGUGGACGCGGCCAGCGAGAAGCCGAAUGGCUCCCCGGCUAAGUUUACCAGCAAGCUGCGGACCAAGAUUAUCGAGUUGAGUGGCAGCGUUGAAGCUGCCUGCGCCCUCGGCGUGGCCGACGGAAUUAUCGAUCUUGUUGAAUCUGGCGAGACGAUGAAAGCCGCGGGACUGAAACCGAUCGAUACCGUUGUUGACACGACGGCGAGGUUGAUAAAAUCGCGGAGACCGUCUAACCCCGGCCUUGUCGAUCUCAUCGCUGCCCGGAUCCGCGGUGUCAUCACAGCCCAGCGGUACGUCAUCUGCCAAUACAACGUCGAGAGAGCCAAGCUCGCCGCGACGACGAAGAUUGCGCCGGGGAGACGAGCCCCAUCGGUGACGUCUCUGGAGGAAGACGGUUGGGUCGCCGUUAGCGUUAUGGUGGAGAAGAAGAAGCUCGCGCCGAUAAUGGACGAACUGUCUCUCGUUGGCGCGACAGACAUCUUGGUGCUGGACAUCGUGAAUACUCGAUGUUGA